UUGUGUGUCAUUUCGUCAAGUUGGUGGUAGCAUGGCGGCUGUUUGGUGUGUGUGUGUUGGAGUUAAAACCCGUAAUUAUUUAUUAAAUAGCCAUUAGUUUGAGCAAAUGUUGCUUAAAAGUUGAGUUUGGUCGUUCCAAGUACAAAAAUCCAGUGAGAAAUGUUCCGCUUCCUCAGCGGCCGAAAAAAUCGGACAAACACCCGCACAAACGGAGCCUCCGAAAUAAAACCGACGAAACUAAUAAGCAAGAAUUUGAUUUUGUGCCGUGUUAUCCUCCUGGAUGGCACCGACCUGUCGGUGGAGUUAUCGAAAAAGGCCGAAGCCAGGGAUCUCUACGAGCAGGUCUUCUACUCCCUGGACCUGAUCGAGAAGGACUACUUCGGGCUGCAGUACACGGACGUGAACCAUGUUAAGCAUUGGCUGGACCCCACCAAGUCCAUCAAAAAACAAAUCAAAAUUGGGCCCCCUUAUACUUUGAGAUUGAAAGUCAAGUUUUACUCCUCUGAGCCGAACAAUUUAAGGGAGGAGUUGACGCGGUACCAGUUCUUCCUGCAGCUUAAGCAGGAUAUUUUAGAGGGGAAGUUGGAGUGCCCCCAUCAGACUGAUGUUGAACUGGCGGCCUUAGCGCUACAGUCGGAGUUGGGCGACUACGAUGAAUCCCAACACUCUGCAGCAACCGUUUCGGAAUUCCGUUUCGUUCCGAACCAAACGGAAGAAAUGGAAAUAGAAAUUUUGGAAGAAUUCAAAAAACUUCGCGGUUUAACUCCAGCUCAAGCCGAACUGAGCUACUUAAACAAAGCCAAAUGGCUCGAAAUGUACGGUGUCGACAUGCACACCGUUUUAGGAAAAGACGGAAUGGAAUACCGCCUUGGUUUAACACCAACCGGUAUUUUAGUAUUCGAAGGCAGCCAAAAAAUCGGUCUCUUCUUCUGGCCCAAAAUCGGAAAACUCAACUUCAAGAAAAAGAAACUAACUCUCGUGGUCGUCGAAGACGACGACCAAGGUCGGGAACAAGAACACACUUUCGUUUUUCGUUUGCACAACGAAAAGGCGUGUAAACACCUAUGGAAGUGUGCUGUUGAACACCACGCAUUUUUCCGGUUACGAGCACCGGUUAAGGGACCUUCAGCUCGACAGAAUUUCUUCAGAAUGGGGUCGAGGUUUCGGUAUUCGGGACGAACCGAAUACCAGAGCACACAUCAUAACAAGCCGAGACGAAGCGUCCAAUUGGAGCGAAGACCGAGUCAGAGGUACGGACGGAGACAGAGCCAUGUGUUGAGAGAGAAACAGAAGCAGGAACAGGCCAAUGAGACGACGGAAAAAACCGCCGAAAAUAACGAACCGAGUUCGAGUAGGUGCAGUGUGAGGUCCAAUGGGCCAGAGUCCUUUGGGAAGGAGUCAGUGGGGCAAAAUUCCUUCGGGAAGGGGUCCAUAGGGUGCAAUUCCUACAGUCCUGUUUUGUCUACUGGUAGUAAAAAUGGGACCUUGAAGAGAAAUUCGACACCGACAAGUCCAACGACUCCAAGUAACGACAUUCAGCUUGAUUUUCUGCUGAAAAGUUUGGCGAAAGAAACGUUCAGUGGAAUGCAACGAGAUGAGGCGAGGAAUGAAAUUAAUAAUAAAGAUGUGAAGGAUGACGAACCGAAGAAUGUGGCGAAGCCUUUGCCUCCAGGACAACUCAAGUGUAACGUGCUCAAAGCAAAACUGGAAGAAGGAACGAAACUGACAAAUCAAAUGUUUGUGGCAGCUGUGAACAACGACGAGGCGAAUUUAAAUUCCUUGAACGCCGCAACCUUCGUAUCGGUGGGAGGCGAUAAAUUAACAUUAUCGGUAACAGGUCCCGCCAGUAACCCUAUCCUAAACAACGACGACAAAAAACGAUGCGCAACCCCUGUAACUGUAACAUUUUUCGGCCAUAACGACAGCGGUAAAUUAGAAAAAGUCAUGUUAAACAAUCACGAAAAACAGCCAUUGAGUCUAUUAAGCACCGAUUCGCAAGUUAGUGAUAGCGAAUCGACCGCUUCCACAAACAAUUCCAAUCCUUUCGCGACUUACUUGACCGACAACAGCACCAAUCCUUUCCAAGGUCUUAAUCCUUUCCUUACUAACAAUCCCUUCAGGAACGAGGACGAGAAAGACGAGGAAAAAUCCGAAGUGGAUGAGUCGAUUAAGAGCGUCGAUGAGGAUAAUAAUGUGAAAACACCAACAACUGUGACACCGCCUUUGAGUAAAUUAUCACCGUGGCUUGUGUCCCAGGAGGUCGUGUCUUCACCCGUUUCUAAAGUAAACACCACUGAGACGACAAUUAUCCGAAAAUCGGUCAUCACAACACAGUUAUAAACAAAUUGGUGCUUUGUUUUCUCUACAAUGUGAUAAAAUCUCCUCUCGCAAUAUUUUAAGUACUUAAUGUUUUUUAUUUUGUAUAUUUUUGUAGGUUUAAAUUUUUUUAUCAUUCACUUCCAUUUCUUAGACUGUGCCUUUCAGUAUUUCAUCAAUACUUCCAUUACUAACAACACGAGGACCAAUUGUGUGAUUUUUAAAACGGUAAUUGUAAAGUGCCAUUAUUUUAUGAAAGUUUGUAUUCAAUUUUAUGAACCGAUCCGUCCUUUCGAUGAAAUUAUAGAUUCUUUAUGAUACAAAUAAAUAUUUAUAUAAUGUUA